UUUCACGCUGCAGUGCGUUCUUCAUAGCCUGACCGUUACAUAAGGACACCCGAGUUCCCAACUUUGUCCCACGGUGUGAUAAGCAGACAGCGGAGGCGUGGUCUCUGACGUCACUCGGGCUGAACAGUACUACAGCACUAGUCUGGCUGGAUGUCUGACUCAGCCACGCAGGUUAUUUGGGAAUAUAUUUUAAACGCAUGUUUUAACUAAACAGACCAUAUAAUGCUCGCUCGUUCCUCUUGCUUUGGACAACGCGCAUCUUGUAUUUUGGGCGGUUUGGGGAAGUGCGACAGGAGGUUUUAAGGUCUUUAUCAAGAAGAUGAACAAGGCUCUUGCUCUGGCAUUUGAUAAAUAGACUGGCAAUGUCUAUGUUAAUAUCUUUCUGACCACACCUGCUAAUGGACUGAGAGGUUACUUCAAUAAAGGUUUAAUUUCUAUAUGUGGACUAGUGCCAACGCUGCAGAAAAGCCCAUCGUCCCGAUUCCAGGUCACUGUGUCCCCGAAUUUGUGCUACCACUGUCCUGCACCCUCGCCCGUCUGUUCAUCCCUUGCUUUAUAGGGCAGUUUUUGCUUUCUCUGACCCUGUUUUGUAUCUUGCCACAGACUGCUAGAAUUCGCUUCAAAUAAAUUUGUACUUUUUAUGUAUGGAUCAAAUCUAGAACUGCGCAAUAACAGCCUCUGCCCAACAUACGGUACUGUUGGAGUUUUAACCCUUGCAAGAAACCCAGCUGAAUGUCAGUAAGCUCUCAGGAUUUAACCCAAGAACUUUCCAAGUGAGUUCGCACUCAGGAUUCCAGGUCAGUUUUAAACAAGCAUCAAACAUCACAGAGCUCAUGUAAAGAACAAAUCAUGAGCUCUGACAGUUUCCAGUACCGUGCACUGUUCGAGUACAAGCAGGAGAGGGGUGACGAUAUCUCCCUGCAGCCUGGAGAUCUCCUCACAGUCAGUAAGAUGGCACUGCUGACAUCCGAUUACCAGGAGGGUGAUGAGAAGUGCCCAAAAGGCUGGCUGCAUGGCACCAAUGAACGCACAAAGGAGAAGGGCAACUUCCCCGGCACCUUUGUGGAGUAUGUUGGGGUCGUGAGGACGGGCCUUACUUCAGGGAAGCCCUGGCCGAGACCUGUACCACCAACACCUGUAGGGCCCCAGCCCCCAGUGGCCGCUGCUUCAGAGGGCCCCUGUGGAAAGGGAGAUGUUGUGGAGCAGUGCGCUCUGCCUGACCAGACCCCAGCCGUGGUGCUCAGGCUGUCGGAGGCUCUAGAGAGGCUGGACUGGGAGAAUGAGCCACUGUACCGGUCUGGCCAGACCUCCACUGGAUCCCCAGAAUUAUUGCAGGCUUUGGAAACAGACCCAGCAGCAGUGGACUUUGAGGAAUAUGAACUGUCCACAUUGGCUGAUACACUUAAGAGUUACAUUCAGGACUUGCCCUGCCUGCUCAUCCCAGCUGUAGUGUACAGUGAGCUGGUCUACACUGCUCAGGUGACCGUUAAUUCCUCAAAUGAUGGUGACAAGAGUUAUAACCAGGCAUACAUAGUGAAUAAACAGCAGUAUCAGCAGUUCAUGCUUAGUGAAUUCCCCCUCAUUCUGUACUUUCCAGACUGGAUGAUGUCCCUCAUUGAUAUCCAGACUGUAUCCGUGUUCCUCUGGCUGAUGAAGACAAAUAUUCAUUGUGUGUAG